AUGUUUAGAAUUACUCAAUCAAACGUCUUAAAGACAAGAAUUGCAAAUCAAGUGGUUUCAAAUGCUAGAAAUUCUUUAAAUCAUUCAAUAAGGUUUAAUUCUAUUGCUUUAGAAAGAUCAACUUCUCAAGAAAUUAAUAAUAAUACCAACAACAACAAUAAUAAUAACAACUUUAGUUUCACUAAAACUAUUAAAGAUGUUGCAGCUUUAAAAAAUCAAGAUCAAUCAUCUAUUGAUUCAAAUAAACCUUAUAAUAAAAAAUCAAAUUCCAAAAAAAAUUCUUAUCAAAGAAAUAAUCAAGGUAAUGAUCCAAAAUCUCCUUGGUUUAAUCAAUUAAAUGCUUUUGAUGAUGUUGUUAAUCAAACUGCUUCUUUCAAUACAAAAGGUGGUCAAGCUUUUAUUUGGGAAAAUGCUCAAACUGGAUUCACUUUAUAUAAAGAAUUAAAAGGUACACCAGAUUUUAAAGCUCAUCAUUUAUCAAAAUUAAUUCAUCUGUUACAUAAUGGUUUAAGAGCAAAUCGUUUCCAAUUAACAAGAUUAGCUAAAAAACCUGAUUACGAUUCAAGAUCUUUUUUGAAAGAUAUGGAAACUUAUGUUAAAAAUUGUCUUAGAGAAAUUACAAAUGAUAUCUUGGAUGGUACUUCAAGAAUAAAUGAUACUGGUGCUAUGCAUUUAUUAACUUCUUUAAAAGAAUUACAUUUAAGUCAAGAAGCUAUUGGUGUUUGGUCAUCAUGUGUUCAAGUUGAAUCUGUUCGUGAUGUCUUCUUAAAUCCAAAAGUUGUUGGUGUGCUUUUACCUUUAAUGUAUGAAGCUGGUUCAAGUUUCCAAGAUGUUAAAAGUUUAUUUGAUCAAUCAUUAAAAUUAACUUCAAAUUUACAUCCAAAUUUAUCAAUUGGUAUGAUUAGAACUUGUUUAGCUGCUAAUGAAAAUGAUUUAGCUUUAGAAUUAUUUUCAACUUUAUGUGAUGAUGUUAAUAAAUCAAAUUUACCUUAUAUUAUUGAAGCUCAUUUAAGUUUUAUUGGUGAUUGUCAAAAUCCAAUUGUGGCAAAUUCUUUCUUUAAUAAAGCUAUAAAUAAAGAAAUGCCAUAUCAUUUAACUUUACAAGUUUCUGCUGUUAAGACAUAUUUAGAAAAUUUAUAUAAUUCAAAUCCUUCAACUUUUGAUAAUGUUUUGAAUGAUUGGACUGCUGCUACAAAAUUUUAUGGUAGAAAUAUUCAUCAUGGUAUUUCAUCAUCAUUAAAUAAUACAUUUUUUGAUUUAUUUUUCCAACAUUAUUCUCAAGAUCCUUCAAAUGGGUUAUUAAAAUUAAAAGAAAUUAUUUCAAUUUAUAAUGAUAUUAAACCAAUUGAUGAACCUUUUUUCAAUAUUAUUAUUUCUAAAAUUGGUAUUUGGAAAACAAAAUCAACAAUUGAUUCAUUAUAUCAAGCUUAUGAUAUUUAUAAUAUAAAAAAAUCUCAAGUUUCAAGAAGAAUUUAUUUAAAAUCUCUUGGGUCUGUUAAAGUUUCAGAAUCUGAAAUUUUAGAAAGUUGGUAUGAUUUAUUAAAAUUUAGUGAUUUAGAAGGUAGUUCAUAUAUAGCAAAUGCUGAUUGGGCUGCAAUUAGAGAUGCAACUGCAAAUUCACAAAUUGAAUCAAGACCUUUAUUAUUUGCUCAAGUUUUUAAAAAAUAUGGUGAAUUUUGUCGUGAUUUAACUCAAUAUUCAAGAUUAAAAUCAAAUUCUCAAAAUGGGGUUAUAACUUCAAAAUUAUUCAAAGAUUUAGAUAAUAUUGAUGAUUCAAAUGUUGAAUUAAUUCAAUUUAAUUCAAUUAGAUCAUCAAAUUAUUAA